UUAGCAUUGUAGCGUACGCUAAAGCAUGAACACCAUGAAAUGAGUGCCGCUAGUCCCAGCUCCGACUCCAAUUUAAAGAAAAGACUCUCCAAAUCCAUUUCCACAACAGAUGCGUACAACUUGAAACUUAAUAUGAUGGACGUAGAUAAGGAAAGCCAGGACAUGCUAGCCAAGAACAACAGAAUACGGACCAGAAACAUAUUCAUAAACGCGGUGGCUGUAAUGUUGGUCUACAGCAGUUACUACGGCGGCGCUGCAGUCAUGCCGACGGCGUUUUCAGACAUGAACGGCAGACACGGUGUAGACAAGCACACAGCGUUUACUGGACUCAUGAUUAAUAACCUGUUUGUUGUGAUUGCUGCGUUUGUCACACCCUUUAUCAUGAAGCUGAUCGGAAUGAGACUAAGUUUAGUGCUGGGAUCCAUGUGCAGUAUUCCUAUAACCCUGGCCCUCUUCAUGCCUUACAACUUCACUAUCUUCAUCGGACAGGCUAUUAAUGGAAUUGGAAACGCGUUUUCACGCGCGGUAAGUCUGCAGUUUCUCUCGGAGAAUUCCACAAAGGAGAAGAUGGCAAGGAAUAGCGGUAUUCAUUGGAUGAUAUUCAUGAGUUGUAUUUUGUUUGGGAAUACUGUUCUUUACUUUGGUAUUGGUGAUAAAAAGUUUCUUGAUGACAAUACCAGAAUGGUGGUGUCAGGAGCGUUAACAGCAAUGUGUGUGACGGGUUGCAUUCUUUACUGCUUCACUGUCACCCCACCUCCACUCCCUCCUUCCGGACUGGAGGACGAAGAAGCACCCCUCAUUGGCAAAAAGAUGAGUUUUUCAUCUGCUGGUGCAAGCUCACGAUCAGAUUCCGAAUCAACAGCGGGCAGCAAGAUUGAAGACUACGAUGAACUUACCCUGUUGGGGCAGCUAAAAACGUCUCUUCGACCUCUCUUCAAGAGGAAAAACAUUUAUCUACUUCUCCCUCUGUGCUCUACAGGUAUAUACUCUCAACUCUACACCCCACUUAUCCCUGCCUACAUCGGUAUUCUUUUUGAGGAGAGAUCGUUCGUGGCUCAGUUUGGAAUAUUUGUAGGACUCGGAGAAAUUAUAGGUGGUCGGCCAGCAGGGAAGAUAGUCGCAAGGCUUGGAUUUAAACGAACAGCCGUUAUCACUACGACACUGGGCGUAGCUGCGUACCUUCUUAUCGCCUUCAUGUUCCCUCUGUUUUACAGCCAUUCAGUACCAGCUCUCUAUCCUAACAGAUGGGGUAACAACAUGCUCGGUAUCGCUAUAGGAAUAAUAGACGUCACAAACAACGUUAUAAUAACAACAGCUAUAGGAACUGUCUACAAAGACGACUCAGCCCAAAUAUUUACUCUGGUAGUGCUUAUGAUGAACUCAAGCGGCAUCAUCCGCUAUAUCAUGAUGUCGUAUAUGCCUCUUGUUGCAAUUGUAUCUGUUAAUGUUAUUGGGCUGGUAGGAAGUUGCGGCAGUUUAUGUUUGAUUCCUAGCUCAAUGUUGCAUUAUUAGUGUCCCACGUAGCGCUGUUGUUUAAUUUUGACUACAGU